AUGGGAACAACGAAGAAGAAAAUUACGAGAAAGAAGACUCCAACAAAAGUCAAGACGUCUAAAAUAGCAGGAACGCCAAUAACACAGCGGCUUAAGGCCGCUAGUACCACAACUCUACUAAGCAUCACUGAAACACCCACUGUAAUUGAUGGGUCGGUGAAAAGUUGGUUGUCCACAUUUACUAACACGGAUAACCUACCUUUAUUCGUGGUACUUGCUGGCCUCGUAUUCGUGGUUCUCGCGAUGAUAUUGUGUUGCUUCUGCAGCAGAUCUAAAAAAGAUGAAGGCAUUGAAAGAUUAGAAGAAGAGGAGCUUCCAGCAAGCGAGCGUGCGGCAAGGCAUCGGCAAGCAAGCCCUCCAAAAAAGCAUGAACAUCAUGAACAUCGCGAAAGUCAUGAACGUCGUGAGCGUCAUGAACGUCAUGAACCACACAGCGAGAAAGCGAGUGCGAAAGAAACUCGUUCUAAAGGAUCAUCGACCUCUAAAGCAUCGUCAGCCUCCAGAGGAUCGUCGAAACCUCCAUCACCUCGAAAAUCCAAAACACCCACAGCCCCUAAGCACGACGAAUUUGCAAGACCUCGUAGCGAGAAAGAAACUCAAACUAGCACAGGUUUUGAUACUACUGCACAAACAAUGGACACGAUGGAUCUUCAAAUGGGCCGACCUCCCCGUAGAAUUGACAGAGCAACAAAACGCUUGAAGCGACUUUUACGUCUGACGAGCCGAGAAGAACGAAAAUCGGGUAUGGCACCCCAACAAGAUCAAGCAAGAACGAAUAUACUCGACGAAAUGGGAAAUGUGGAAGAAGCAUCUCAGACUCCAAGCGUUACAGCUUCAGGAGCAGCCCCACCCGGUUAUGAGCAAGCUGUGCCUUUUAUGCCAACAACACAGACUUCAGAGGAGCGAAAAUGGUAG